UUUGAUCUCUACCAGUCUUCUCUCGCCAACCAAUCUGCUGGCUCAAACCAUCCGUCACAGUAAUCGAGUCUGGAACGAUACCAACUCAUCCGCCACAGUCCCCACAUUGUUGAAGCAUACACAUCCACACACCGUCCGGGUUGCUUUAAUUUAACAUUCGGGCUAGCAUGACGAGCAUUGUGCGGCUGGAAACUCUACCGACUGAAUUGCUCGAGAGCAUCUUUUCUUACUUGCCUCCAGAGUCAAUUUUGGCAUUCCAGUAUACCUGCAAACGAAUAGCGUCAAUAGGCAACGAGCCAAGUCUAUGGAAACGUCAUUGUGAAGAAGGCUGGCGCUAUUGGCAUCCAAAGCAUGACAUUGUCUCGUUGCUACGAGCCCCAGUAGACACCGUAGACUGGAGGGCCUUGUUCCGGCGGCGAAAGGAAACCGAUCGCUUCAUUUCCCAGACUCUGAGCAGCAUACUCGCAUCGCAGCAGGCUAGAAGUCUGAAUACUAAGAAGAUCGUUGAACUUGGCUAUGACGCGAAAGAGGAACUUCUUCGCCAGUGUAAGCCGCCCAUUGAUUCAGAGGAUUUUUUAGCGAGGAAGUACUAUAGCUCGGCGGCUCUAAAUUGCAUACAUCGCUCUGUUGCAAUCCAGGAAUGGCUCAAGCUACGCAACGCGUGCGACGUCCCUUUGGAAAAUGCUCUGGCUGCAUUCGACAUGUUCGUCCUAGGCAAUGAGAGCGCCGAUAUCCAGGAAGUCGCGCAAACGCUCGACAGCCUCGCCGCUGAGUUUCGCACCAUACACCCGGAUCAUGGCGAGUUGAGCACACGACAGCGAGCAGUCACCCUGGCGAACUUUCUUCGUUUGCAGAGUUUCUGUGGGGUCAAUGAUGAAUCUUACAAGAACAUGGAGAACAACUUUAUCGGUCUCGCCCUGCGCGAUCCACAGCACGAGGCUCUUCCACUGAUCACCGUUGCGAUCUUUUGUGCUGUUGCUAGACGUCUUGGCCUCGAUGCAUCCUGUUGUGGCUACCCAUUUCAUAUAUACGCCAUAGUCAGCGCGCCAGACGAACAAGACCUGGAUGGCAAACAAACGAAUCGUUCAGACGCCAAGCCGAUCCGCCCGAGAAUAUACCUGGACCCCUUCCGAUCGGACGUUGAGAUAUCCGAGCACCAACUCAGGCGUACCUUAGACUCAAUGGGUGUCCGAAGCUGGAACCACGACGAGUACCUCAGCCCAGCAAGCGUGACGGAGAUGGUCCUCCGCUCAACACGCAAUCUGCAACGCGCUGUGCAGGAAGCUGAGAUGCCCGCAUUCGACGCUGUCCCUGUACCGGGAAUACCAAACCAACUGCAAGCGUGGUACAGCGUGAUAUGGGCAAAUGUCACUCUCACCACCGGGCUCAGCGAUGGCGAGGCGUUCGCCACAAACGAGCUACACUUACGCCAGACUGUAUCCCUCUUCACUUCGCGCUUCCAGCCGGACCAACCCUGGGACCUCAGUCUGAUGGAAAUGCACCUUCUCCCCCUGUUUAAAGAUCUCCCCGGCGAAGAGGAACUAGAAGAUUUCAUCCGCGUCACCAACGAUGUGGACAGCAUGCCGAAAAGACCUAUUCGACGUACAGCCAGCAAGGUCGUCACUUACAAAGUCGGACAACUGUUCUCGCACAGAAAGUAUGCGUACGAGGGCGCCGUUAUCGGAUGGGAUCCGGUAUGCGAGGCGGGAGAGGACUGGAUCCAGAGGAUGAAGGUCGACACUACGUUGUCGAGAGGACGACACCAGAGUUUCUACCAUGUCGCCGUGCGCGAUGGAAGUAUCCGAUAUGUCGCCGAAGAGAACAUCAACCCGUCGGAAGGGCCUCCAUCGGAGCGCAUGUUGAGCCUUGCUGGGCGGUGGUUCAAGCGCUGGAGCGACGAGCACAACGUGUUUGUCAGCAAUGUGCGGGACGAGUAUCCAGAUGACUGAAUGGGCGGGGCAUCUAGGUUCAAGCUACUGUCUAAAACAAGGCACUUAUGACACCGAAAUAACAUGUGGCUUGUCUGCGCAUGUUGGGUGGAUAAUGAGAUCACGCUGGAUGAAUGGAACGAGCUUCAUGUCUACCUAGACGGCCUAACGUCCUAAAAAUCUAUCUUCUUGACGAGCCAUGACUUCAA